AAUACGUUUCAAAAAUUAUUAGUAGUAGUUUUUAUACUUUAAUAAUAAAUUUCAAAAAAAAAAUUCUUGGUCACCUAAAUUACAAGUGAAAGUCACCAUGCCUUUGAGCGAAGAAGCCAAGGAGCGUCUAAUACUUGUUUUAGCUGCUUUACGUACUACAAUCCAUUUUGGGUAUAUGCCGCUUAUCUUCUAUUUGGGUCAUCGUGCUGGUUCAUCUCCUGGUUAUCCACCCUUCUCGUUUUGGAACGUCUUGCCUAAUCCCUUCGAUUAUUAUUGACUUGAUUGAAGUUGGAGUUUGAAGAACUGGUUGAUGCGAUGUUAGGUGUCCAUGGUCUGCUGUCUGAACUCAGUGUGGAAAAAACGGUACCAAGUAUGAAAAACCAAUGAAGGAAUUUUGUGAUUAAAAAUUCUUAGUGAAAAUUAACAUUUAAUAAACUAUUAAAGAUUU